AAAUGGAGCCUCUCACAACUACUUAUCCUCUGAAAUACUCAGUGCCCAAAGCCAGGAUCUUUGUUGUCUUUCUGUCAAUGGUUUUGUGUACCACCACUCUCUGCCUGCUGCAAUUAAGAUUUUUUAAACCUAAAAUCAAAGAUUUCUACUCUUUCGAAGUCAAGGAUUCACGAGGAAGGAUCGUUUCCUUGGAGAAGUACAGAGGGAAAGCAACUUUGGUUGUAAACGUGGCCAGUUACUGCCAGCACACAGACAAAAAUUACAUCGCGCUGCAAGAACUACACAGAGAGUUUGGUCCCUCCCACUUCACUGUGCUCGCUUUUCCCUGCAACCAGUUCGGAGAAUCAGAGCCUAGCUCAAGCCAGGAAAUAGAAUCUUUUGCCAAAGGAAACUAUGGAGUAACUUUCCCUGUCUUCCACAAAAUCAAGAUCCUAGGAUCAGAAGCAGAGCCUGCCUUUAAAUUUCUAAUAGAUUCUUCAAAGAAAGAGCCUCGAUGGAAUUUCUGGAAGUACCUUGUCAGUCCUGAGGGUAGAGUUGUGAAAUUCUGGAGACCUGAAGAGCCCAUAGAAAGUAUCAAGCCAGAAGUAGCAUCAUUAAUCAGGCAGAUUAUCAUGAAAAAACGAGAAGACCUCUAAACAAGCAAUUCAUGCCAGGAAUCGAUUCAACUGCAUGGGUACAGGGCCUUUCCUGGGAAAUGCUGCUAGAAGUUAAACCAUCAGGUCAUUUUACUUUUCUUUGGUGUUAGUAUUUUCAGCUACACUAUGUCUAUUAACGUGGGAUUGGCUCCUGCAACAGCCUUGAGAACCACUGA